AUGCUGGAGGCAUACCAUACGCUCCAACCACCCGAGACCGUCUACAAUGCGCACGGCAUCGGCAUCUGGAAGAUCAAUGGCUUUCCGUACCAAAAGAAGAAGAGUAUCCCAGCGUAUCCCAGCGUGAAUUUGUCACCUAAACCCGAUUCCAACGAUCUCACCGAAGCCUCAGAAACGAACAGCGUCCCAGACUUUAUCAACAACGCUCCAGAAGAAUAA